UUAUUUCGAAAUAUUUCAAGUUAUCCAAAGAUGUCAAUUUGGUGUGCAGUUUGCAAUGAUUUAAAACCAUGUGAAGAAGCAACUCAAUUGAUUCCCUGUUUGCACACAUUCUGCACAAAAUGCCUCAAAAAAUCAACCAAAAAGAUGCGUGUCUGUCCAGUUGCACAUUGUUACUCGAGUCUUACAGCUCCUGAACCAAUGACAAGCACUUGCGAAGGAGAAAACUGCCAGCGAAAGAUCAUGGGAAAUGCUGAAAUUCUGAGAACAGCAUGCCAUCACGACAUAUGUCAGCACUGUUAUGAUUUGGCAAGCAGAAAAGAGAAAUCUUGUUGCCCUGCUCUUGGUUGUGCUGAAUUGAUGAUCGAUGAAGAAGACAUGAUAUGUGAAGGACCAUGCAAGAAGGCACUCGUAUUUGAUAAGACAAUCGUCAUUCCAUGUUGCGGGGCAAGAAUGUGUGAUGUGUGUGGUCCGAAAUGGACGAAUGGACGGGAUUUUUGUGAACUCGGCAAGUGUGUCAACAAAGAGUCAGCGAAAAGGAGAAAGUCGGCAGAUGCGACCCGACAACCAUGUAUGGGAUCACUACACUGUGAGGGUGAAGUUCUUCGAAACUUCCCUUCUGAAUUGGAGUGUGACCAUGAUGUAUGUAUUAAAUGCAUCGGAUCAAUGCUUGACGAAUGUGAGAAAAAUGGAAAGUCACCGGCUUGUCCUGUUAAAACAUGUGCAAUUCCGUAUCGAUGUGAAAGCGUUUUGGCGUUGGAUGCUCAGUUUCCAGAGAAGAAGGCGUUUUUCUCCAAGUUCACUCUUCAGGCAAAAUUUUCGAUGCAAACUUUGAAGGAUGACAUUGUAACGAACAUAAUCCAUGGAGAUCUAAACACAAUGAAUGGUCAAAAGUUUUCACUCAAGAUUGGCCAGUGUGAUGACGACGAUGGAGGAAUGCCAAUGGAGUUCGUUAGGGAAGGAACGCUCGGAGACCUGGUCAGGGAAACUCGUCGUGUUCUGAAAAUUCUACCCACCGACAAAAUCUACGGAUACUAUCGCAUUGAUGACAAUAAGAAGUCGAAACUCGAUGUGACAAAAGAUACAAUCCGAUCUUCUUGUUCUUCUUUGAACAUCAACGAGAACACUACUGUACUUGUCGAUACCACGGGAAUCGUGUCGAGACCAAAGAAACAAUAGAAUGAGCUCAAUUAAUUGAUACUCAAUUACGAUUUGUCAUUCUAAUAAACAAUAUUUCUUCAAAUAAAUUCCUUUCCGAUCU